AGCAUUUGUCAUGGACAAGGAAAACGCCAACUUGGACACCAAGCCAGUCGAUUCCGUCUCUCACAAGUCGAGUUACGUUGAAGAGGUGGAGGUUCAGAAGCGCACAUCAACAACGGAGUAUAACUCGUCACAGUUAGUACAUAAGGUUGAGGUCAAUGCAGAUUCUAUAGUAUUAGAAGAGCCACCAGAACCGCAUCCUCGUCGGUCCUUCACCGAGCACAAUGAGCAGAACGAAAACAAGCAAGAGUCUCGUCGUUCAACCGUGAACGGAAGCAAAGAUGAGGAGGAUUUGAUGGCAACGGUCUUUGGUGCAGUGAAGCUUCCGGAAGUAAGCUAUGGUAACGCUCAAGCAACUAGCACUCUCGACUCUAGUGAUCAUGAUCAUGCUAUCAAGCACAUAGACGAUGUCCUAGCUGGUGAAGAUGCCUAUCAUUCUGAGGAUCAUACCCCAGUCAUGACAGCACGUAGCGUAAGCAGUCAGAGAAGCAGCAGAGUUGCAGCCAAUCACUAUGAUGACGAACCAGUAAAACUCAGACAUAACCGCGACUACAGCGAAUCUCAUUCACCAUCCGAGAAGCAUCUAUCCUACGGCUCUCCACCCGUAGCAUCUCGACGCGUUUCUCACGCGGAUCGUCUACGGACCAUGACGUAUGACAGCAUAGUAUCCACAGCAGAAAGCCGAGUUGGAGGAUUUGACGUACACAAUGAAGACGGAACUUAUACGGGCGAUGAAAUCAACCUUAACCAUAAUGAGGUUGCCUAUGUCAGACCCGAAAGAAUAGAGACCACCAGUAUAACCGAAACACCCGAGUAUAAGAUCUAUACCAGCGGUACCGGCGAAACGAUCAGACUUCGGAGACUUAACGAGGAGGUGGCCCAGGCUCGUAAUCGUCAAUACGAAUUAGCUGCACUAGUGGAGCGUGAAAGAAGAGAAGUCGAACGACUUCGUCAGCAAAAGCAACAAAGGCUUGCAAGAGAAGCUGCUGCAAGAGUCCAUCCAACUGCAAAGGUCCAACCAGCUGCAAGGGUCCAACCAACCGCAAGGGUCCAAGCAGUCCAGCCACUUCCAUUCGCCGCGAGAGCUCCGAAUCGUGUUGGUCCUGCACGUUCCGUAUCUUCCACGACUACUGAGAGGAGGAGCUAUGAUAGCAGCGGAACUAUCGAUUCGAUCUACGAUGAGGAACCUGUGAAAAUAAGUCCAGUAGCUCAGCGUAUACUGAACAACGGAAAAGUGGUAGCAACCAUAGGUAAUAUCAACAUGGUUGUGCCAGAAAUGGUAAUGGUGAAAGGACUUUCGGCAACCGCAACAAUUAACAAAAUCGUAGUCGGUGGUGAGCAGGAUCCCACCGAUGAAGAUAAGACAAUUCUAUUGUUCGGUCCCAUCAGAUCAGGCAAGACAACAACGAUUAACAGUAUGUUAAACUAUUUGUAUGAUGUCAAAAGGGAGAAUCAUUUCAGAUUUGUGCUCGACGUGCAACCUGCAAAAACGACCAAGCUAACUUCUUAUGUGUUCCACAAUACAGUACUGCCAUUCAGCGUUACAAUAGUUGACACACCUGGAGUACCGAGGUCGAAUAGUGAUCUCGUCUCAAAUCUUGUCAAAACAUGGUUUGAAGAGGAGCUUCGCGAAGCGGGCACAUUCCGACUCGACGCUAUUUCGAUCGUUCUCAAAAGCGAUGAAAGAAAUCUUGGUUGGCCGUUCAUCAAUGAAUUGGCCGCUGUAAAGCACAUGUUGGGAGAUGACUUGAAGACGAAUGUUUUGCCCAUCAUUACCAACGCAGAGGUGCUUUCCUUCAAAUCUUCGGUUCCAAAGAAAGUUCAGGUUUUGCCACAACCACUCGCAGUCCGCUCAUUAGCGCUGGCUAAUAUCACAUUUGUAGAGUAUUACAAAUUGAACAACGUUGGAUUCGUGCCAAUGCCGAACGACAUAUCGAAGCUGCAACACAACCUGUUCUUCUCACAUGGAAUGGCAUCACUUGAAGCCUACUUUAGGGAUUUGCAAGAACUCAUUCAUCCACUUCUAGCUGUCCUACGCGGUACAAGGCUUAUAAAGACACGUCUCUACUGAAAUUGUAUGAUAUAUCCGGUUCUAUUUCUCUUCCCGGUAUUCGUAUUGUACGAAAAUUAAGAAGCCGCGUUGAAGCUAGGUACACUAGUCAGAAUUCUGUGAUUCGAAUGGAUUGAAAAAUUAUUGGCCA